GCUAUUUAUAUCGAAUGGGAGGAGCAGUUCUUGUGCCCUCUCCUCAGGGUUUUCCAUCCUUCCAUCCGUCCCUCCAUAUCAAUAGACAUGGAGAAGAGCAGAUCCUUUCCCGAAUAUUCAUCUUCUUACACGGGAGGACGAUUUGAUUUUGAUGAGCAGCCGAACUCCUACAGUUUCAAUGGGCCAAUCAACAAGGGGAGCGGUUUUGCAAGCUCCAGCGAUCCUGAGCUCAAAAGGAAGAAGAGGGUUGCUUCAUACAAUGUAUUUUCCGCUGAAGGUAAGCUCAAAUCAUCAGUUCGGAGCAGCUUCAAAUGGAUCAAGACCAAGCUCACCGAAAUCCGCCACGGUGCCUGAAGAACUCCAACUUCCAUCAUCUAUACAUCCUUCUCUUUCACUCAACUCUUUUUUUUUUUUUUUUUUGAAAUUGUUGAGACUUGUAAUAAUACCCUCCUAACCUCACACCCCAUCCCAGAGACAAGAAGCUUUUCUUUCCUUGUUUGGCCUAA